AUGGCCGGGAAGAAACCAGAAAAAGGAGAUGAAGAAGCGGGUGUAAUUAGGACGAUGAUAAAGGCAUUGUUCAUGGUCAUUUUUGCAGGGAUUCUAAUGAUAUGGAUCAUGUCGCCCACCAAUACUUACUGGAAAAUUUGGCUUACAAAGAUCGGAGCAAAGGUUAAUCAGUCCACAUACUUUGGACCUCAAGGUACACCACUUUUGAUUUUCAUGUUCCCCGUGCUUGCUAUAGCUGUUCUGGGUUCUCUCUACCUUCAUUUGGGGAAGAAAGGCAAUGCAAACCCAUUAGCAAGAUUGGAGAGUGGGAAAAGAAGACAGUGUUUGGGGGGAUGGAAAAAGCCAAUGCUAGUGAAAGGUCCUCUUGGGAUAGUUUCAGGGAUAGAAUUGAGCAUCUUUUUCAUGUUCAUGGCACUCCUCAUCUGGUGUUUAUCAAAUCAUUUGAAAAACACCUUUGCCACCCUCACCGCACAAAACGCUGCAAAACUCGGCGAACACCUAUGGGAAAUGAAGUUAGAGAUGUCAGCAUUAAUGAUCGGAGUUGUGGGAUACAUAUGCCUAGCGUUUUUGUUUUUCCCGGUGGCGCGUGGGUCGUCGGUGUUGGGAGUGUUGGGGUUGACUUCGGAAGGAAGCAUAAAAUAUCAUAUAUGGCUUGGACAUAUUGUCAUGACUAUUUUUACUGCACAUGGCCUUUUGUACAUCCUUUACUGGGCAUUAACUAAUCAGAUUUCCCAGAUGAUAAAAUGGGCAAAACACGGCAUAUCAAAUUUAGCCGGAGAGAUAUCUCUGCUGGCUGGACUGUUGCUAUGGGCGACCACAUUCCCUCGCAUCAGAAGAAAAUUCUUCGAGCUCUUCUUCUACACUCACUAUCUAUACAUCCUCUUUGUCCUCUUCUUCAUCUUCCAUGUCGGCAUCAGUUAUGCUCUCAUGUCCCUCCCUGCUUUUUACCUCUUCAUCAUCGAUCGUUUCCUCAGAUUCCUGCAAUCCCGACGCCGAGUUCGUUUCACUUCUGCUCGUCUUCUUCCUUGCCAAACCCUAGAACUUAAUUUUUCUAAAUCUCCUGGUUUGAGUUACAACCCUACCAGCGUCGUCUUCCUCAAUGUUCCUGCAAUUUCCAAGCUGCAAUGGCAUCCGUUUACUGUUACAUCGAAUAGUAAUUUGGAGGCGGAUAAACUUAGUGUGGCUAUUAAGAGUGAAGGAACCUGGUCCACGAAGCUUUACCGGAUGCUUUCAUCUUCUUCUCCGAUUGAUCGUCUUGAAGUUUCUAUUGAAGGUCCUUAUGGACCUACCUCUUCUCAUUUCCUCAUGCAUGAUAUGCUUGUGAUGGUAAGCGGGGGAAGUGGCAUUACUCCAUUCAUCUCUAUAAUUCGGGAGCUAAUCUUCACAAGCCAAACACUGGGAAAGAAAACGCCAAGACUUCUCCUGAUUUGCUCAUUCAAGAACUCGUUAGAUCUCACCAUGCUAGAUCUCAUCCUUCCAGGCACCGGCACCCCAUAUGAGCUUUCCAAUUUACAGCUUGAGAUUCAGGCUUAUGUGACUAGAGAGAAACAACCAACCUCUGACAACUCCAAGCUUUUACGAACUUUAUGGUUCAAGCCACACCCAACCGAUGCACCAAUAUCUGCAAUUUUAGGACCCAACAGCUGGCUCUGGCUUGGUCUAAUCAUAUCAUCUUCGUUCGUUAUUUUCCUCAUUUUGAUAGGGAUCAUAGGUCGCUAUUACAUAUACCCUAUUGAUCACAACACAAACACUGUUUUUCCUUAUACUGCGAAGGCUUUUUUGUAUGUACUGGUCAUGUGCGUGUCCAUAGCGGCAACCGCUAGUGCGGCGGUGUUAUGGAACAAGAAACGAAACGCAAUGGAAGCGAAACAGAUAGGAAACGUAGAAGGGCCAACUCCGACUACCUCACCAGGAUCCUGGUAUAAUGCUGACAGAGAAUUAGAAAGCCUUCCUCACCAAUCUCUCGCUGAAGCCAUCAGUGUGCACUAUGGGAAAAGACCUGAUCUAAAGAGAAUCUUAUUUGAUUGUGAAGGAUCGAGUGUUGGAGUUCUUGCUUGCGGUCCAAAAAAGAUGCGGCACGAGGUCGCAACAAUCUGCUCAUCUGGGAUGGCAGAUAAUCUUUAUUUUGAGUCCAUCAGCUUCAGCUGGUGAUCUUUUGGUUAUUUCCCAUGCGAACAAAAGCUUGGCUUGCUUCAAGUGGCUCCAUAUGGUCUGUAAUUUUGCUCAUACUCCUAGUAAAUCUGUAAGUCCAUAAAAAUAAAACAAUAUCCUGUAACCUUGGAGACACUUUUCUUUUUCGUCUCUGCUUUUCUCAUCGUUUCUUCUUCGAGAUUUGUAUCCAUUCCGUCUGCUUCUUUCCG